AUGGCUGUGACAUAUAUCUUCGAUUUCAUGGCCGAUGAGCUGCCGAAGGACGACGUGUGCGAGGCGAGCGCAGCAAGGGCAAGACAUGCUGGCUGCGUUGCCUGCUGGAUUGUAGUCGACGAAGAUGUAAAUGAUGCCUGGGUUGUUGGUCAGAGCAGUCCUCCCGUCUCGUUUCACAAAACAUUGGGCAUGGACACGCGGCAGAAAGGCAGUGCACACGCUAUCCUCACACUCAUCUAUCAAGAUACGGGUCUUAUCUUCUUCGCCACAUCCAUAUCGAACACCAUCAGACUGCUCAAGAUGCAAGCCCCCAAGAACGAGCAGUCUCCGUUUCUGGACGACGCCGAUAGCCAAGCGCACCUCCUGGAGAUCCCACUUGAGCUCCGUAUCAUGAUCUACGAUUGCAUCUUCGCCGAUCUACUCGCAGGAACCAGGAGCGCAGAAACUCCAGCACAAGUCCGUGAAGCCCUUCAACCCACCAUCCUCCAUAUCUGCCGUAUCAUCCGCUGUGAAGCCAUGCCAAAGCACUUGAUAUCGCUAAGAGCUGCAGCAGCAGCCCUGGCACGACCUAUUUCAAAAUCCUUGGAGACUUGUGAAGCUGAAAUAGAGCGAAGCUCGACACUACCACCAACGGAGGAGCUCAUCAAGAAGCUAAGAAACAUGGUGGCAGAAGUUAAUGCACAGAAUGCGGCUGUAACGAAGAAGGUCGAGGUGAUCAUCAAGAUCGUGAAAGUUCUGACGGGAGGCUUAUGCGACUUUGUCGGCGAGUGCGAGGAGCUUCAGGCCUCGAUGGCGAAGGCCACGGAAAUGUUGAGGGGGGUCGAUGGGUCGGAAGAAAGCCUGGUGGAAGAUGGCUCCGUCUAG